AUCAGGCACAAGCAGAAGAAAGCUAUGGGAAAGAAUCGGUUGAUAUUAUCCCAGAGUCGGAUAGCCUCCAAAACUUACUCAACAAUAUCAGGACUUUUGACAUGAUUACUAAGUAGUGGAACUCGAGAUGAACUGUAGGUAAACUAGGCUAAGCUACAAGGUAUUUAUAGUCGAAUCGAAGAUAAGGAAGUCAAUUUGGGGCUUUGUUAAUAACUCAGCUGUGAACCAGAUGUCUUAUUAUUUCAUUGAAUAUAUUUGGGGAAUAUUCUUAAUCAACAUUGUUUGAUGUGCGCUCUAAAGAACAGCUGUUCCUGACUGUCUAAAGCAUCUAUAGUUCGUGCUGCCUAUAUAAGCCAACUCGAAAGUGCAGUUGAGUACAAGUAGCUGACUAUAGAGAUCGCAUAAUGCAAAUUCAAAUUAUUCUCGCCUUCCUCCUGAUUGCCUGUUUUAUGGGCAUCAACUCACAGAGGACCGAUUGCGAUAAGAUCUACAAAGCCUGUGUGUCCUGUCGCAACAGUAAGAUGAACACAACUGAGCUAAAUAAUCUGUGCCGCAAACAGAUUAGGGACGUCAUCUGGAGAAAUCAAACGCAAUGUGAUUUGCAGCGGAUUUCCUGCAGAAAUCCUUGCCAGAAAUUGAACUGUCGAAACAUUGCCAAAGAGGCUAAAAUGCCGCCCAGGCGCACAUAGUCUGGCUCCCAUCUGUACGGCCUCAAGACAUCAUCUUAAGUAAAGAGUAAGCUGACGUAACAGGCAUGUGGCAUUCCGAAUGCUGUUGAUUUAAUUAAAAUAAACAAUGCAAU